AAAGAUAUCAAAGAUAUACAAUGUCAGCUAAUCCUAACCCCACAUUUAGUCACCUACUACCUCUCAAUGGUGAAUGGAAACAAGAUGUCACUAAGUGGUUGAGUGAAGAUGUCCCAUCGUUUGAUUAUGGUGGAUAUGUCGUCGGUGAAACCCCAGAAACUGCAACUUUAUGGUGUAAACAAGAAGGUGUUAUUUCAGGCAUUCCAUUUAGUGAGGAAGUCUUCAAGCAAUGUAAGGUGGAAGUGGAAUGGUUAGUGGAAGAAGGGCAAUACUUAUCCCCAAACGGUAAAUUGGCUGUUGCCAAAAUCAGAGGUCCUGCUAGGAAUAUAUUAUUGGCUGAAAGAACAGCUUUGAACUUAUUAGCAAGAGCGUCGGGUAUAGCUACACAAUCUUUCAAAACUAUAUCACUUGCCAGAAAAUCAGGUUAUAAAGGAAUCAUUGCCGGUACUAGAAAAACUACACCAGGCUUGAGAAGGUUGGAGAAAUAUUCAAUGUUGGUUGGUGGUUGUGACCAACAUAGAUAUGAUUUGAGUUCGAUGGUUAUGCUAAAGGAUAAUCAUAUCUGGUCAACUGGAUCAAUUACAUCUGCCGUAAAAAACGCAAGAAAAGUUUGUGGUUUUGCCGUCAAAAUUGAGGUUGAAUGCCAAACUGAACAAGAGGCUGAUGAAGCUAUUGAAGCAGGUGCUGAUGUAAUUAUGUUGGAUAAUUUUGAGGGUCCUGAUCUAAAAAUUGCUGCAAAUAACUUGAAAGCUAGAUGGACUGGUAAGAAAUCAUUUUUAUUGGAAUGUAGUGGUGGAUUGAGAUUAGACAACUUGGAAGGAUACCUAACAAAUGAGAUAGAUGUCUAUAGUACAUCAUCUAUUCAUCAAGGAGUGUCUUAUGUUGAUUUUAGUCUAAAAAUUGAUCAAAAGUAAAUUUACCUAUACAGUU